AGAAGGAUGACUGGGAAAACUCACACCAGCAAUAUAACAAACAAGAGAGAUCCUCGCUCUCUCAAUUCCAGAGUGUUUAUUGGUAACCUCAACACCACUGUGGUCAUGAAAACUGACAUUGAGCACAUUUUUGCAAAGUAUGGCAAAAUCACUGGCUGCUCUGUGCAUAAGGGUUUUGCUUUCGUCCAGUAUUCCAGCGAGACGAACGCUCACUCAGCUGUGGUCGGCGAGAAUGCCAAGGUGCUUGCUGGACAGACCUUGGACAUUAAUAUGACUGGAGAGCCUCGUCCUUACAGGCCAAUAAUAGGAUCCAAGCAUCCCUUCUCCUUAUACAGUGGCUAUGAAUUUGAUCAUGAUUUCUACAGGGAUGAUUUCUAUAGCAGGUUUUUUAAUAUUCAUGGGCGAUUAGCACCAUCCCCUCGGGCUAUGAUACCUAUCAAGCAUUCCCGUUUGGUCACUCUCACAACACACAGAAAGAAAGACUCUUUCCAGCCAAAGAUGCCCACCUGUUCUUCUUAUCUAAGAAAUCUUUCGCCAGUGAAAUCUGAUCAGCUCAUGACAAUCAAGCAAGAACUGUCUCAGAUCCAGAUUAAGAUUGACUCCUUAAUGGGAAGGCUAGAGAGGAUUGAACAGAAGCAGGUAGCAGAGGCAGAGGCCCACAGGAUGCAUGAGAAGGCCUAUCAAUCUCUCUAUAGUGAGAGAGCAAAAAAAUCUGAGGAGGAAGUGGAUCAGGAGCAUCAGGAAUGCGGGUCUUGGGAAAUUACUGAUGAAGGUGAUAACGACUAUGAUGACAAUGUUAACAAUGAUGAACUGAUAGAAAACCACAUAUCUGAUGUAGACAACUAAACAAGGACCAGGAGAACAGCACAACUAUCAAAUGUACUAUUUUGAGUCGGAGCUGUUGACCUUUCUGUGUUUUACUUUUUAAAUUAAACCAUUUUUAUUUUUUUAUUUAUUUAUUUAAAAAAAUUGACAAUCAGGGACAUGAAGUUGUUAAGACUGAUAUUCAUAUAUGAAAUAUGUUUAAAUGCCACUACAUAAGUCAAGCAAGAGGGGAACAACAUAACUUUGCAUUUCAGCAUUUUAACCUAAUACAUAAAAUAAGUCAUAUAUUUAAUAUAAAAAGGAUUAAUGAACUUUGAUGUCAUUGUCAUAGAGGUUAAUGAAUAAAUAGAAAACAUUAUAGGCCUGAAUAAAGCUACUGUAUGUGCGUUUUAUUUUGCUGGAUGCCAGAUAACCUGUUUGAAUAAUGCUCAUUUAUUGCACAUUUAUGUAUAAUUCAACUAACAUAAACUUCAUAGCUAUUCUACAUUUCUACUUAUCUCUUCUAUUUUUUCUCUCUUUUUAAUAAAGUU